AUGGAUUUGGAAUUCUUGCAAUCUAUGGAUAUUCAGAUUCUUGUUGGUGUAGCUGUAGCUACUUUAGCCAUUGUUGUUAGUGCUGUUUAUUUGUUUGCCUCUACGAAAUCCAAAGGCUGUCUAGAUCUAGAGAAUUUCAAAGAGUUUAAACUUGUGAAGCGCCAACAGCUGAGCCAUAAUGUGGCGAAGUUCACAUUUGAACUUCCUACACCUACUUCAUUUUUGGGUCUUCCCAUUGGACAUUAUAUAAGUUGCAGGAUUUUUACUCUGGACGUUGGUACGUCCGGAGGCGGUCAAGUUGUUGGCGCAGUUGCCAGGGAGGCACCAAGGUCUAUCACAACAUGGGAAAAACUUGUAGGAAAGUUCCUACAAAAGUUCUUCCCUAUUAGCAAGACGGUCCAACUAAUAAAAGAGAUUGCAACUUUCAAGCAGCUAGAAGGAGAGAGUUUCCAUGAAGCUUAG